CUGAAUUCGAUUUUCAGGGCUAAUCUAUCAGACCAGUACUUCGUCAAUCGGCAAGAUCGAUAUAUUGUGUUCGAGAACAACAAGGAGCUGGCUGAUUUUUUUCAUAAUCUCGUCACUGCAGUUGGCGAAUGCUCAUUUUUACUCAAUAGCGACGGUUCUAUGAAACUGCAUCCCAAUUGCCUGGUGCAUCCUUAUGAAGGGUCCUUUAACGAUUUUCACGCUAUGUUAAAAUCACGAGUUGACAAAGUUGUUGCUUCAAUAACAAGUAAGGGACCCUCAUCAUCAAGUCCAAAUGAAGAUACCGUCUUGUAUCCACUACUGCAGAUGGGUCUUUUCGGAUAUCAUGAGGAAUAUGAGCUUCUAAAAAAGCUUUUCUCGUCAAAGGAUUCCAGUAUGUCCGUAACUAUGGCGUCUGGUUAUUUCAACUGCAUAGAAGACUAUGAGCGGUUGAUAUUUUCAGAAGGUGAAUAUCCCAUGGAUAUCAUUACAGCUGCUCCCAAGGCUAACGGCUUCUUUGGUGCAGCAGGCGUUUCUGGCUAUGUUCCAUCGAUGUAUUCAUGGGUAGCAGCUAGUGUUUUACAACUGAGGGAAAAAUAUGGAAGAAAUGCAGUUAAUCUGUACGAAUAUUAUCGAGAUGGAUGGACUUUUCAUGCCAAAGGCAUAUGGGUAGAGACGCCCACGGUUACAGCAACCCUCGUUGGUUCUUCAAACUUUGGAUACCGCUCAGUGCACCGUGAUCUAGAGGCUCAAGUCUUGCUUGUGACAUCGAAUGAACGAUUGCGUAGCCAACUAAAAGAAGAGCGAACAAGACUUUUCGAAUACGCUUCGGUGCUCGACGCAACCGCUCUCAGAAGAGUUGACCAUUAUAUACCAACUGUCGUCCGGAUAUUAUCUCGAUUCAUAAGAAACUUCUUUUAG